AUGGCAACUUCAUCAACCGAGUCCAAAAGAAAUAUAGUAAUUAUCGGUGGUGGAAUCAUCGGUUGCACAUCUGCCUACUUCCUCACACGACACCCCUCAUAUAACCCCGCCACCACAAAAAUCACCAUCAUCGAAGCUCAACACAUUGCCUCAGCAGCAUCAGGAAAAGCAGGAGGCCUGCUUGCUCUCUGGGCACGUCCAGAAUGUAUCGUUCCGCUUUCCUACAAACUUCAUGCCGAAUUGGCAAAAGAACAUGAUGGGGCGAAACGAUGGGGGUAUCGUCAAUUACAUUGUGGUUCUAUAGGAGCUAAAGCUCGAUUAAUUCCUGAAGCUGAUCCUAAGGAUUCUUCGGAGAAUGCUGGAGAGGUUUGGAAGAAAUUACCAAAAACUGAUAUGAAAAAGCAGAAGAAAUAUUUGGGUGAUGAGUUUCCGAUUCAUUUGGAUUGGUUUGAAAAGGAUAAUAUAAAAUGGUAUUCCGAAAUGGGGACACCCGAGACAACGGCUCAAGUACAUCCAUAUCAAUUUACUACAUCAAUGGCAGAAUUAGCUGUGGAAAAAGGUGUGGAAAUUAUUUAUGGUUCCGUUACAGCGAUCGAUUGUACGGGGAAUAGUGUAACGGGUGUUACAUAUGAAGAUAAGGAGACAAGACAUAUUCAUACCUUACAUGCGAAUGAUGUCAUAUUAUCUGCAGGUCCUUGGACUUCUCAUGUAUGGCCAGAAGCACCAAUUACUUCUCAAAGAGCUCAUAGUGUGGUAAUCAAGGCAGAUGUAUCUCCUUGGGCAGUAUUUACAGAAAUCGAUUUACCGAAAGGAUUUGGAAGGAAGGGGGAAAAUGGGGAAAAGAAGAGAAAACAUGAUAAAAUGGUUAAUCCCGAAAUGUAUGCUAGACCUGAUGGAACAGUCUACGCUUGUGGCGAAGGAGAUGAAAGCAUACCACUCCCUAGAUCCUCAAAUCUGGUCGUAUGCGAUGAAUCAAGUUGCAACGAUAUCAUAGAUUACAUAGGAUCCAUAUCCGAUCCUAUGCGCAAUGGAGAAGUCAUAGCAAAACAAGCAUGUUAUCUCCCCUUAGCACGUAGUGGUGGUGGUCCUCUAAUUGGUAAAACGGGUAUUCGAGGACUUUUUCUAGCAGCCGGUCAUACUUGUUGGGGUAUUCAAAAUAGUUGUGCGACGGGGAAAUUGAUGAGUGAAUUUUUGUUUGAGGGUGAGGCGAAGAGUGCGGAUGUUAGUAGUUUAGAUCCGAGGAGGUUUUUGGGUGAUGAGGAGGAUUGA